AUGAACAGCGGUGUUGUCGGUGAUCUGUCAACUUCUGACAAUGACACAUGCAGCAGUGACGAUGAAGUUGACAACGAUGAAUAUUUUGCAAAUGCUAUUAUUGAAAUGGGCGUUGAAAUACAUUAUGAUGAGGAAUACAUUCCUAAGUCAUUUGCAAUUCAAAUCCGAAAUGCCAAAGACGCCAAACAAGCACUUAUUGCAUAUGCAAGAAAUGCUAGCAUUUUUAAGUGCGCUGAUUCAAAUGAUGACAAAGCUGUGACAAUACUAGAAGCAUACAAUUAUUUGUCUCGAUAUAUCAAUGUAAUCAAUAUUUUUCCACAAAGUGAGUUCUUUCGGUUCAAAAAACCAGGAAUGGAAGAGGAGGAAUAA